GUCAGAACGAAGGCUGCUGCCUCAGCUCGAGCAGUGCUCUGAGUCAGUGAGUCUUCACAGUUGGAUGGAAUCAUUGGAACAUACAGCUUGAUUUCCUGAACCACUAUGGCACCAUCUUGGAAUCACAGGAGUCCAAUAAAGGAAGGAGCUGUUGGCUUUGUGCUGGGAGCAGUGGGAGGAUGUGCACUAGGAGCCACAGUGACUCCAGUACACCAGGUCAUGACUGAGAUAAUCUCAGGGCCUCUACUGAAACCAGUCAUGGAUGGAGUAAGGACUGUGGGGCCACUGGGUUUGGGGACAUUACUGGGAGCGACUGCAAUAUCCACAACAAUGGCCUCAGCUGCAGCAGGAGUGACUGUGGCUGCUUUAGUUACUUUGCUGCUUACAAAACAAAAGAUAAAUGAGUCUGCAUGUGGAUUUGUGUGGAUUGCAGCUGGGUUAACCGCAACAUUUACCACAACAUCCUGUGGAGCAGUGCUCGGGUUUAUUAUAGAGAAACACAUCAUGAGGUCUGGGGUAGUGACACUACUUUGGGCUCUAGGGAUAUUCACUAUGCUGAAAGCAUUCAUUUACAUUGUUGUACAGCUGGCAGUCAGAAAAUGGUUGUGCUGUAGCAUCCUUGCCUCUCAGAAUUGUUCUGAAGAGCAAUGUUAUGAGACACUGGACAUUUUGCAGACUGAGCAGAGAGAGAAAGUCACUGUCGAGAUCGAAAAGAUGAUGAUAGCCUUUGAGACAGAAGAAAGCUUUGAUGAAGAGAAUGCACAGGAUUUCAGAUCUGCCUGUGAGGCCCAGAGACGGAGCAGAGAAGAAAUGGAGAAACAGCGAAGGAAAACAAGAGAGCUGUCACUGAAACAAAAGAGCAUUCAAGAGCAUCUGACCAACAUUGUAAACAAAUAUGUAGAGUUUCUGACAUUCUCCAACAUUCCUUCGACAGUGACUGCUGCUGUAACUGCUGGCUUGGGAAUCGUUGGAUUUGGCGACUACAGAUUUGUUUUUGUUGUCCUAUUAGCCCUCGUCCUCUGCAUGGCCUUCAUGUUAAUGAGGUGGAUGCAUUUGGACUUCUGGAUGUUUACAGCCUGCGUAGGAAUGUUUGCCACAUUUGCCAUUGCUGUGCUUACAGUGCAUGCAGGGCAGGAUGUACUGGAUAUUUCUGUAAGAAUGCGAAAGGCUGGACAGGUGCUUAGUAAGGAGAGCAUUGCAGACAAGAUGGACCAAAAAUCUGCAGUAGAAGCCAUAACAUCAGGGUUUUUUGCAUCCAAAAUGUUCCAGAUUGCUUUAGGUGCCACGGUUGGGGGUCCGUUGGAUCAGAAGGUGUUAGACAAAGCUAUAAUUGGAGCAUCUGUUACAACAGUAGCACUUCUCUCAAUAGUUGACACCUGGUCAGUAGCUCUCGGGAUUGGUGGUGUGACAGGGAUAUUGCUGGGGGCACUAGGGGCAGCUGGGGUGUCUACGGGGGCAGCUGCAGCAGUAGCACUUCAGUGCUCCUCAUGGACAGGAACCAUAAGCACCACAGUUGGGAUGCUAUCUGGAGCUUUAGCCAUUGGAAACUGGGACAUCACUAAUAUUGGACUGCAGGUGCUUGUGGCAUACAUGUUUGCUAUGAUAAAGCCUUACUGACUGAUUUCUGGUGUGAGGACUGAGGAUUUUAACCUUACUUAGAUUUGACAUCUCUCAGCCGCAGUGCAUCAUGGUGCUGCUCCAGCGCAAUUCUGAAAAGCUGUGAAAAUUUUUUUUCCUCUUUGUUCAGUACAUUUUUACCACUGUACUAUAGUACAUGUGUUGUAAACAGAAAUAUGCAAAAAAAUGUUUUAGAAGUAGAAUUAAAUAUUAAAUACCUUUACAAACAGUUUUAAUUGUAUGGACUAAAUCUUUUUUAAAAACAUUGUUUGUGAUUUCGUGAUUAUCACAGAUGCCAUGUCACACACAGGGAGAAAAUAAAGAGAAACAGAGAAUGAAUAUGACCCAAAGGUCACACUGUGUGUAAUAGUUAGAAAUAGAGAGGAGCAUAAAAACCACUGACAACACAACAAUUUGCUGCUAUUUUUUCAUUUUUUUUUCAGUUAUUAAUUAUAAUAUGUUUAACUUAUAACACAUUUACUUACGAAUCUUUUCAACACUUUUUGUUGGACACGUCUGUAAAUAAAUAAAAAAAGACAUCUUAUAACAUUUUAAAUGAUCAAAAAGUUCAUACAAUCCCAUUAAAUACAAACCCAUCAAGUGCUAGUUAGCUAAAUUACUAACAUCUGUCAUUUACUAGAUUUUGUCCUGCGUGUUUACCACAGCCUGUGUGUGUUUGCCUUCAUUGUAAAAAGUGCAAAUUCAGAAGUUUUGUCGGAAUGCACUAAACACCACAGGGUUACCUCAGGUCACUGAAUUAUAUAGUCUU